GAAUCAUAUCAAAAAUUACAAGAAAGUUUACAACAAUUUAUUCCUCUUAUCAACUUUACAGUAAUUUCUUCAAGCGAUUUUUAUUAUAAAGUUAUACCAUUUCAACUCAUUCUUCCAAGUGAUCUAUACGAUGAUUUACUUAAAUUUCAUUUAGCACCUCAAAUCAAUCCAACACACCCAUUUUUACGCUCUCCAAAAAGGAAUCAACCGUUCCAAUCAAUAUUUAUUAAUAACAAUCACGCAGCUUGGAUAAUGAGUCAAAUUGAUUACGAUCAACCAGCCAUAACUUACAAUGGAAAUAAUCCAAAAUUACUUCCUUAUGAUCUUAAAUUAUUAGUACGUGGUAGCAAUGGUUGUAUGUCAGAUGAAAUAUUUCAUAAUUGUUGCGAUUUGAAAGGACCUACUAUUACUAUAAUUAAAGUUAAGGAUAUGGAUGAAAUUUUGGGAGGAUAUAAUCCCCUAUCAUGGGACUACAGCACAAAAUGGGCAGAGACUUCUUCUA